AUGUUUCCAGGUACCGCUGCAGCUGAGACCGGCCCAUUACGCCUGCCCUCGGCUCUACUUGAACUGGCCCAUUUUGUGUUCUUCUGCCGUCAGAUCUCCUCGCGAGGUUGAAAUUAGUGGGCCAAGAGCAAGAGUGACGUGUCAUCUCGCCGCGGCGACUCCCGCGAGAGAAACAGAGAGAGAGAGAGCGAGAGAGAGAGAGUAGGCAGUGAAGCGGGAAGAAGCCGUUGGGAGGACGCGAGUAGCUUUUGGCCUGGUGGAACCGUGGUUACCUCGUCAUCUGCGUCUUCUUCGAUGGUAAGAUCUCACGAACAAGCUCUCCCUGUUGUCAUCCUGCAUCAGAUCCGCCUCUCCCUCUUUCUUCCUGCACCGGAUCGGAGAUCGGGAAAGGGGCCGCUGCCAAUAUUUGUCGGUGAGGACAACUUCUUGGACUUCGAGAGUUGGAAGAUGAAUCAGAUCACAUCAUUCCUUCACUAUCAGCUACCAUUCCUGGGGCAUUUUCGAACUGGCUUCUCUGUGAGGUCAAAGUUUCUAUUUCCCAAACUCCCCCGGUUGGACAUUGGGAAUAUUUUGUGAUAAGGCGAUCCCGCCUCCAGAAUAUUGUCAUGAGUGUGGGGGUGCUAAUCCUGGAGUAUGACAAGAUAGCAGGGCCGUUACGUUGGCAAUUGACUCCGGAGUCCCAUUUUUCUUUUUUCUUGGUGCUUAAUCUUUGUCCGUUUUCCGUCUCAGAGAUUUCUUUCAACAUCUCUUAAAGCUUUACUGUUUCAAAAUUAGCAAAUAUUUACGAGGAUUCUGGCUCUUGUUGGUUCAACUUCGGCUACAAUUACUUAUCAGGUUUAAUUCUUGGCCAUAUCUAUACUGUCUCCAUAUUAUCCCCCAAGGUCCAUAAUAAUGUUUCAAUUGCGUUGCGCAUCGAAGGCAUCGUGCAUAACAUCUCCCUGUGCCUUACUCUAUUCUAUAUUUGCCAUUUUUCGAUGUUCUCUCUCAUUAGACUUGCCGCCCUGCCGGUUAUGCAAGAAGAAGAAAGUUUUGUCGUCGAAACUAUGUUAUUUUCUGCGACAAUGAUAUAUAGUCUGUCUGGGUUACCUGAAGCAAUUAUGAUUUUUUAAUUGUAGGGACCCAACUUCUUUUCUGGAUUUACCCGUCUAUGCAAGGGUCUUGCUCUGGUACUUGCUGGUGGAUAUGCUCUAGUUCAGAUUUUCCCUACAGCAGUCGCCUAUCUCACCCUUAUUCCUGCAAGGUACGCUUCAUAAUGAACUUAAAUGUGGCUCACAUGUGUCCGGGUAUUUUUAAAAAAUCGAAGCUAAUGAGGACAAUGAUGUGUUUUCUCUGCCAAUUUUUUAGACUCCUUGGCUUGAGUCAACAUGGAAAUCUCCAAUUUGCGUAACCAUGGAGCUUUUGCAUUAGAUGAAUUCUGGCUUUUACUGUAUUUUUCUACUUUUUAUGGCCUUUUAUCGUUUUGGCUGUCAUUUGCCCCUGGUGCUAUGUCGGCAUAGUUUUUUAACCAGAUGUUGACUCUGGAUCUUCCUCCCACCGUAAGUAGCUUUGUACCUGUUGGUUGGUAUCCUACGAGCCUUUCUAUUUUGCAUUUACGACAUCUAUUGCAUUUUCUCCAUCUGCUUACACUAAUAUUUCAAGAAUCGACAUUAAUCUUUAUGUAUGCAUGAAUCUGCUUCAGAAUGUGGCCGAUUAAUAGUUUAUUUUCCUGAUUUCAUUUUUUAGGACUAUCCCUUUUGUAUGGAACCUUAUAACGGCCGGUUAUAUUGAGCAAUCACUGCCAAGGGUGCGUAUUUUACAUGUUAUCAGCAGUGCGUAUUUUUUAAGUAUCUCAAUUUAUCUGAAUAUUUUUCUAUUAUUUAAAGUUAUUCUCUUCGUCUAAUGCUAUGCAUGCUUUGCCCUAAUCCUACGUCUUUUGAUUCUAUAAAGGAUUCAAUUUUAGUGUUUUUUCUUAAUGUUCACUUCUGUUACUUGCCCUUCAACUUGACAUAAUUUUUAGUGUACUUUAUUUCCUUCGACGCAUUCUUUGAAAUGUUUGGCGUUUCUUGCAAAAGAAACUCAGUCAGGUGUUUUAUUUCGUCCACAUUGUAAAUAAAUGGAGAACAUCUUAGAGCUAAAAUAGAUUUAAUAGCCACAGUCCUACGUCAGUUAAGCAUGGGGGGCACUUCACCUAAGGAAAUGAUGUAAGAGAAAUGAUGGAAAUUUGGGAAACAAUUCAACUUUCGAUUUGACUCUGAAGAAGUUGGGAGGAUUCUUAUGCGCGCUAUGGUUUGUACCUCUUGAGUUGCAGAAACAAGGAGGCAUCUGUAGAGAGAUCUUUGGCAGUGGAGGUGAUUGUGGAGAUAAAAUUUGCCUCAGCUGUAGGACAAAUUAAUGUAUUGAGCCUGCCCACUUUUACUGAUAUUUUUAGAGCUUCUUAAGAGAAUGUGAAACAUAAGGAGUGGAAAACUGAUGCCGUAGUCCUGAGAGUAUGUAUUUCUUAUUUUUUUACGAUGAUUUUUUUCUCACGGCACUUUCUGUGGUAGUUCUGACUGGAUCAUUGGUUUCGGUUGGUAAUUGGGUGUCGUCAAUUUAAUUUUAAGAGGGUGAUCCGAAUCAUUCGUGUCAGUAUAUGGCUGAUCUGGCCCAGGGGAAGAAGGGAGUGGAAAUGCAGCAAGUGCGUGUGGAGGAAAGAGAAGAUGAUAGAAGUGGCAGUUAUAAGGGAGCGAGAUAAAUUGGUACCACUCAACCUAUUCCAGGUCCGACCGUGUCUGACUGGUGCUGCCCACUUUCCUUCCCAGAGAUGGAGACAACUGGAUAUUGGGUUCAGAUGUGGUAGAAGAAAUAAUAUUCAAGAAAUAAAUUCUCAUCCUUGCUGUUGUUUUCUUAAAAAAUGAGAGUCUGUCCGGUCUUUUUAGCUUCUGAGGUGAAAUUAAUGUCAUUUUUAAAAUAAAUUUGGCUUUAAGGUUCUGUUGAAGUCUUGCUCUUUUUCAUUAAGAAUAUUUGCGAGCUUACACUUUCACAGUCUGCCAUGGUUGAUGCAAUCCUGAUCGAGAACUUGUAACUGGUUAGCGAUUUUGUAUACUGAUCACAUUCCUGUGAUUGAUUCUACCUAGCUAUUGUGCAUUUUAAGUUUUUUUGGAAUUUGAUGUUGGAACGCCCAUCUUUUUAUGUGGCCUGAAACCAUAACGUUUAUUUAUCUUAAUUCUAUAUGUACCAUUGCUAAGCAUAACUGCAUUGUGCAAAUAUUUUUCCAGGUAAUAAUCAGCACACUUGGGCUCCUAUUCAUUGGGAAGCUUCUGGAACCUAUAUGGGGACCAAAGGAGUUUAUGAAAUUCAUUUUGGUAGUUAACUUCCUGACUUCAGUCUGUGUGUUUGUUACUGCGAUUGCACUUUACUACAUAACAAGACAAGAAAGUUACCUGUGAGUUUCAUAACCCAGAGUUGUUUAUUUUAAAGCUUUAGUUGCAAGAGCUUCUCAUUCGCUUACAUAUAAUGAUCUCUUUGCUCCUCUUGGAAACUUGCCUCUUUAUCCAUUCUUCAAUGUGGAGUUGAGUCAGUUGGCAACCUCGUAUCCUUUUUAAUUAGUUCUGUAUAUCCUUUAUUUUAUCCGUUGCCCUUCUCAGGUAUGUGCAAGUUUCUGGUUUCCAUGGAGUUGUUUCGGGGUUUCUUGUUGGCAUUAAGCAAAUCAUGCCAGACCAGGAAGUUGGUUUGAUUUCUGUCUUAAGGAUCAAUGCUAAGGUAUUGCGAAAACAAUUAGCUGUUGAGUGGAUGUUUUAAUUAACUCAUGGUGCUGCGGUUCUGUUUUCUUCUACUUUUACAGUGGCUGCCCUCUCUACUUGUACUGUUGUCAAUCGCUGUAAGCUUGUUUACUGAGGAGGCUUUGUCCUACCUUCCGACUCUAAUAUUUGGGAUCUAUACAAGCUGGAUUUAUCUGCGAUACCUCCAGAAGAAGCCAGAAACAAAUCUAAGGGGGGAUCCAAGUGAUGAUUUUGCCUUCUCUGCCUUCUUCCCAGAAUUUUUGCGGUAUAUUUUUGUAUGUCUUUUUUAUUUGCUUUAGUUUGUUCGACAUUCGCCAUUUUCUUAUGGAUUUUUAUUGCUUUGUAAUUUUCAGGCCAAUCGUGGGUCCCAUUGCAUCAGUUUUUCAUAGGCUUCUGUGCGGAAGAAUUGAAAUUUCUGAUCAGGAUAAAGGUUCUCGAGAAGGAGGGUCCCCUCUGCCUGGUUCUGAUCCCAUUGAGGCGUCGAGGAGGAGGUAUAGUUGUUAUCUUCCAUUUUGUAUAAGGUUUUAAUUUAUUUCGUUAUGCAUUAAUACUUGGUUCUGAAUUGAACAAGACGUACAGUGGAAAUUAGGAAUGUUCUGAGUGCCAUGAUAAAUGAUGAUGACUGUGACACAGACACAGGUUGGGUCAUGUUGAUGCCUCACUAAUCUAUCACAACCUGACUAAAGUGCGCCCAUAUGUUUGUUGAAAUAUUUAUGAUAAGAGGUCCACAUGGAUUUUUUUCGUCCGUUGUUGUAAAUGCCAAUUUUUUGCCCUUUAGAAGGACACACGGUUAUACAUUAUGUUUUAGGACUUUUAUGACCUCAUUUAUUGUUUCAUUGGCCAUCAAAAUCCUGGUCAUACACUGGUGGAGAAUGGAGUUUGUUUCUCGAUUCGGUGUUCCAUUUAGACGAAAGGAUUUGUGGGUAAACGAAGAAGAGAGAAAGUAUCUUGAAAAUGUUGAGACUUAAUUGGAGAAACUAUGCAACCGCACACACUUUUAUUGUUUCACUGAAUGGCCAGAAGGCUCAUUAGCAUUCCCUUUUGUGUCAUAUAACCCAGAGAGCGAGGAGCAAGAGCAUUGGAGCAGAGGCUGGCUGCUGAAAAAUUGUCUGCUGCGGAUUCAGUGGGCGGAACGUCGCGUGGGGAUGGUGUAGAUAAUGUCUGA